AUGAUUGACAACGAAGUACGACAGCUGAAAGAAUCUUUGACUAGAAACGCUUAUCCCGAUGCGUUUAUCGAAAAGCACAGCAAGCCUAAAUUGAUCAGACAAACGAAUUGUUCAGCAGAAAAACUACUAGUCACCCUUUGUCUUCCAUUCAAACGUGAUGACAUCAAUUGCUUGCUCAAACGACCACUUGGAUCAGCGCUUGCCCAAAACAAAUAUUAUGCACCUGACCUCAGAAUUAUUCAUCGAACGAUUGAGAUCCCCACACCCUCGGUGAAACAACGUCCAUCUCUGUACACCAAAUCGAAUCUGAUUUACCAAUUUCAGUGUAGUUGCGGAGCAACGUACGUGGGUCGAACAGAGCGCCAGUUACGUAACCGAGUGAUUGAAUAUAUUCCAAAUUGGGUACAACGUUUUGUGAUGCAAUCAGGGUCAGAUCAAAGGCAUAAUGACAACGUUCGAAACCAUAAGAUCCCGUCGUCGGCUGUCGGCCGUCGGCCGUCGGCCGUCGCUCGUCAUCUUCUGAUGACGCAACAUCCAGCUGACCGAAGCACUGCGUUUCGGGUCAUUUACGUGGCAAAGAAUACCAGGCUUUUGAGACAAAUUGACGGUGUCGCAAUCGGAACUCCAUUGAGCCCCAUUCUGGCACAUCUGUUUUUGGCUCAUCUUGAGGAAAAGGCGAGCAAAAUCCUCGAACGUUUACAACUUUACAAACGAUACGUUGAUCAUGUUCUAGUCAUCACAAUAAGUCUAGAAGAGACAACAUGGAUUAUGGAUAAACUCGAUCGCCUGCAUCCGAAUAUACGAUUUACGAUGGAAACAGAAAUCGAAGAUACACUGCACUUCCUCGACAUUAAAAUGACUAGGAAUAAUGAUGGAACAAUGGCCAGAUCUGUUUACCGAAAAGAAACUUGGACAGGCCAAUGCUUGCAAUUUGACAGCUUUGUGUCUGUGGAAUAUGAACGUGGUCUGGUCCGAACACUAUUUCAAACAGCACGACAUAUCUGCACAUAA